AUGGAGCGCACGGGCUGGUUCGAGUGCUGUAAUGGGCUAUUGAAUCAGUUCCACGAGAACGUCGUCUGGUCCACCAGGGGGAAUUUCUUCGGCAUUCCGACCGAUUGUCCCCAAAGAGACGAGCGCCUCGGCUGGACUGGUGAUGCUCAUGCCUUUGGACCAAAAGCUAACUACGUCUUCGACGCUUCCGGCUUCUGGAGAGGCUGGCACAAAGACAUCUGGUCUGAGAUGCAGAGACAGGAUACCAUGUAUGUGCCGUUUUUCGUCUCGGUUGUUCCAUCAGAGAUAAACACCAAAGCGUGGAAUCCUUCGAGGCCCUCAGCAUUGCGGGGCGAUGUUGCCGUUGCCGGGCCUUUCAACCUCUACCAAGCAUACGGCGACCUUGGAAUGCUGCGAGAGCAAUACAACCAAUCCCAAGCAUGGAUGGAUAAGGGGAUCCCUCGAGACUCUCAAGGACUCUGGGCAAAGAACUCUUACCAAUUCGGAGACUGGCUGGAUCCCAAGGCCCCAGCCAGCAAUCCCGAGAGAGCGACUACCAACAAGUAUUUAGUGGCGGACGCAUACUUGAUCAGAAUGACGGAGCUGAUCAGCAUUAUAUCGACGGCAUUGGGACUCCACAAUAAGGCUGAGGCAUACAAGACACAACGCCUGGAGCUCAUCGAAAGCUUUCGGGAGACUUGGAUGACGAAUGGCACUAUGCCCAAUCGGACGCAGACUGCGUACGCGCUUGGUCUCGACUUCGGAAUCUUCAACGAAGAACAUCACGGCAGUGCCGUCAGCACGUUGAAGAGCUUAGUAACCGAGAGCAACUACCUUGUUAGAACAGGCUUUGCAGGGACGUCAUCCUUAGGCCCAGCCUUGUCGAGAAACGGAGCGGUUGAUGAGUUUUACCGUAUGUUGCUGCAAACCCAGGUGCCGUCUUGGCUCUAUAAAGUCGUCAUGAACGGAACAACGACAUGGGAAAGAUGGGACAGUAUGCUGGCUGACGGCUCGGUCAACCCCGGAGCAAUGACAAGUUUCAAUCAUUACGCUUUUGGAUCCGUAUCCAAGUGGAUACAUGAGAACAUCGGGGGUGUGGCUCCUGCCGAACCCGGAUGGAAAAAGAUUCGAAUUGCUCCGGUGCCUGGGGGGAACAUAACAAGCGCCAGCUCAAGAUUUAUCAGCCCUUACGGUGCAGUACGUGUGAUGUGGGAGAUGGAUGACAAGCGUGGUUUCCACAUGGACAUCGAGGUUCCUCCAAACGCAAGAGCUGAAGUGACUUUGCCGGGGGGUAAUUCGACUACUGAGGAGGUUGGAUCCGGACGAUACAAAUUUUAUAAGCCAGGUAGCUAUUAG